AUGAAGUUCUUCUCGCUUUCCCUCUUUCUCACCGGAGCUGCGGCUCUCGGAAUCAACUGCCGAGGCAGUGGUUUCUGCAAUGUCAACGAUGCAUCGCUGCAAGUCGUUCACGAUCAAGUUGGCAAUCUAAUCGCCUCAGGCGGUGGUGACAGAAGAUUCAAUGGCGGUGACCAAAUUGCCUGCUCGCACGGUUCUCAGGGUAGCAUUUGUGCCUUUUACCAAAACGGCGCUUCCGGAUCAACCAAGGACGCGUACGGUCAACUACAGCAACUUCUUGACCACAAGUGUCACGCUUGUGGUAGUGUACCCACUGAGCCUGGUAACGAUGUGUCGAAAGGCGAGCUCACCGUCAACUACGUUUCGAAACCGUGCUGUGAGGGUGACUGCCACUGCUAG